UAUCGCCUCUGGUAUUUGAAGCAUCCUUUGAACUUAUCAGAUCACUCAUGGCUGCUGUGAUGCCGCGAGUCAGCGUGUCAAAAACGUCAAACUCCAAGCUUUACAAAUGGAGCCCAACAGAAUCCAUGUUCUCUAAUAAGAACCCAAUCAAUCAGAACUCAGGGCUCGAAAAAAACCCAAGAACUGCAAGAUCUUCGUCUCCUUCAACCUACAGGCUGCAGAACAAAGGUCCCGGGUCUGCUUACAAUAGUCACACAGGGAUAGCUCUUGAGAGAAACAAGAACAAGAACAAGAACAAUUGCCAAGAAUCAGGCGGCCAUGAGAAUGAGUUUGCGGAUAAAAUGGAAAGCUAUGGUGUGCAGAAGGCGGAAGAGACUACAGAGAAAAUCAAUGAUUGUUUGAAGGUUGCUGAGGAGAUCAGAGAAGAUGCGACAAGGACCCUUGUGAACCUGCAUCAGCAGGGUGAGCAGAUUACACGAACUCACCUAACGGCAGCAAGCAUUGACUAUGAUCUCAGUAAGGGUGAAAAACUCCUAGGAAGUCUUGGGGGGCUCUUCUCUAAAACAUGGAAGCCAAAGAAAACCAGAGAAAUCAAAGGACCUGUUCUGACAAGAGUUGAUUCCUUCAUUAAAAGGGCAGAUCAUAUAGAACAGAGGCAAAAGCUUGGAUUAAAUCCUCGUAGAUCUCAAUCGAAUCCUCGUCGAAUUCCUUCUCAACCUUCAUCUGCCUUUGAAAGAGUUCAGAUGGAGAAAGAAAAGCAAAAUGCUGCUGCUUCAGAUCUGGGCAACAUAUUAGCUGAGCUGAAAACAAUGGCGGUUGAUAUGGGGUCAGAAAUUGAUAGGCAGAAUGAGGCCCUUGGUUACAUGAAAAGUGAUGUGGAUGAACUAAACAUGAGGAUAAGAGUGGCAAAUCUCCGCGCCAGGCACCUAUUACGGGAAUGA